ACUUCAGCAGCUUGUUCCGAGUCGUUCAGAGCUGAGCAGAGCAGACAGACAUCAGGACAGAGAAGUCGAGAAAAAACAAAUGGCGUAACAUCACUUACCUUACAUUAUUAUUCGAAACGGGACGAGACGAGCUCUUUGGAAGCUUCACAUCAGCAGAAAGUUUUAGUGCAUUCUAUCUUACUCUCUUCUAACAGUAACAAUUAGAAUCCGGAAGCGGAAAGUAGCCGCCAUUCAACCCCAGUUUCGUGUAAAAAGUUUUAGACUACUCACUUUUUAGUAUAAUACCUAGUUGUGUAUAUCCUCCGGCGUGUUUGUAAAAAGGCUAGAAGAGCACAGCACUCUUCAGUGUGUAAAGAAGCUCCUGAAAGUGUAGAAUUUUUCGGUGGAACAUCCGUAGCGGACAUCCAGCAGCCCAGCAAGCAGAAAAAGGUUCGUUCGGCAAAAAGUAAUUUUUCUGGUGACUGUAAAUAUUCUUGCUUCCGGAGUGUGUGACGAUCCGCUCUAAAGAAUCUCCAUCCAAUUUUGCAGUUCAGUUCUACGGCAUUUUCUCCGGGAGGAAAAACUCCCAGUUCCCAGCAGUUCUGUACAGUUAGUGAUAGACACACAGUUCUUUUUUAUUUCGGCAUUUUCGCGAUUCCAUACCCAUAUCCAUACGAGAUCCGCGGAGGAGAACACAGUUUUUGGGGUGCGUGCGUGUGUGUAAACCGAUCCAAGCUGCUUCUGGAAUAUCCAGUUUGUCCGAUUCCGCGGCGUGCGAAGAAGAAAAAACCCUCUGCCGCAGAGAGGGCGAAGAAGAUUUUGUGGUGCUGGUGAAGGCAAUAAGCGCGAGACUCCCCGGUCUUAGCCCCCUGUAGUUGGCAGAAGUGUGUGCGUGCCUGUUGGUUGGUUCUCCGCAAGCACCAAGCAAGCAAGUCCAGAAGUGUACAGUGUGAGACCUGGUUUUUUGUUGGCGCUUCCGGAUCCCUUUGACGAGGCAAUCCGAAGGACAUCCAUCGUAGACGGGCGUGACGGAAGCGAUCCGAAUUGGGUUGGGUGGCAAUCAAGCAUUAGGGGGAAGUACAGUGAUUUUGGAAGAAUUUUCGGAGCUAGAGAGAAGAUUAUCCGUUUUGGAGAGGAAGCACGGAAGCAGUUUAUGAUAGUGUGCGGUUGAAGAAGCAUCCGGGGAAAAUACGGCAAGUCCCGGGCUAAGGAGAAGAGGGCACCCAGGUUUGGGCAAGAAAGAGUGUGGUGUUACGCUGAACGAAAAGAGCCAGAAGAUAGUGACCCUCUUGGGUGUCGAUUCUCGGUUAAGUGCAUGAUUGUUGUAGAUAAGAAGUCGUAGAAGAAGAAAAUAGAUCUAACCCGGUUGUGACGGUGGCCGGAAAAGUAAGGAGUGCGAGGAGAAGGGAAACCCCCCAAGAGGCGACAACAAUUUGUGUGUGGAUUUGUUUUCAAACAUUCACUUGGCAGUAAUCACAACAAAAGCCGAACGCAAUACAGUUGUUAUCGGUUCCCCCUCAGAGGAGAGAAGAAGCCGGCAAGCUACCUACUACCUAGCCUACAUUGCUGAUUCGCAGUGGUGCGUGCUUACUGAAUCAUUGAGGAGGAGUUUGUUUCUUGUACGGCAAGGAUCAUCGAAAUUCCGGCCAACGCAAGUGUUUUAGUGCGCGCAAGUGAAUAUUUGAAACGAAGAGUCGAUUGUUGUGCCCUCAGUAGUGGAGGUAGUUUUUCCGGCCCGGAAGAAGACCUACCAAGGCGUGGGCUUGCCCAUUGCAUCUGAAAUAUUGUUCCUGUUUGAAAAGCUCCCAAAAUUCAUUUGGAAGUGGUGAGUAUCGUAUCGAACCAGAAUGCUGCAGCAUCCACUCGAGCCAGAGGCGGCCGCUAUGAAACUGCUCGGUGGACAUGACGAUGGUGGUGGACGAGGGGCGCCCAUCCGGUCACAGGACGACGCCGCAGUCGGUUACGUCUUUCAGCGGCAUCCCAACGAGACCGAAUUCAACCAGUUCGCUCAGAAGCAGUCCCGGUGGGCUUCCGGGGAUGAUGCCAUUAUCGAUAACCAAGACAAAUGGAAGUACAACCCGACGCUGACGAAUAACAGCACCGGCGGACUGCUUCCGCCUCCGACGAUGGCCUCGGUCAACAAGCACCAUCAAGCACAGCCACAAGCCCAGCAGCAACAGCACCAACAGCAGCAACAACAGCAACAGCAACUGCCCAUGAUCAAUCACCAUCCGUCGCAACUGGCGAACCACUUGAACCACCAGAACCAUCUCAACCAGACAAUGCUCAACCACACGGCCAUGGGUAAUGCGGCGGCCGCUGCUGCCGCUGCCAGUGGCCUUCCGACGAUGCAGAUGCCCAUGCAGGGUGCCGGCAUGUACGAUCACUUGCACCCGCCGAAUGUGAACGUCAACGGAGUGGUACCGAAGCCUCCGCCCGGCCAGGAGCAGUUGGUCUUUCUGGGUGGUGGUCAACAGUAUGGAGUCCUAGCGCCACAGAACCAGUAUAUUGCCCGGAACAAUGCAGCGAUCACCACAUCGGCAACGAAGAAACUCUGGGAAAAGGGCGGCAGCAAUGAUGUCAAGGUGGCCACCGGAGGUGCGGCUGGUUCCUUGGCUCCGCUUCACCUGCACGCCACCACUGACCAUCAGGUGUGGCGCGAUUCCACCUGGUCAUCUCAGGGCGAUGCGAUACUGGCCUCGAGACGCAUCUUCCCCCACGCGCCAGACACGAAUCCGACUGGAUCGACAGGAAUUUUGAGCCCACGGGAUUCCACUGGAGGGCUCGGUGUAAAAAUGGUAGAAUAUGUCCUCGGUGGAUCGCCGACGAACAAGGAAAGCCCGCUUGCUAGUUUAGAACCUCGAUUUAAGGGAUUGAAAUUUGAUGAUAAUGACAAGACAUCUGACGAUAAAGAUAAAGCUAACUCGCCAUUCGAAUCGAACGGUUUGAAAAAGGAGGAAGUGAACUCGACCAACGGAGUAGUGAUCGUAAAUGGAAUUGAUGACGACAAAGGAUUUAAUCGCACGCCCGGUUCUCGCCAGCCAUCUCCGGCAGAGGAACAAUUACCGCGUGCUUCCAAUCUGCUGGAUGCUCCGUCGCACCAUAAUUCUGGCUUUCCACAGCACCACCACUCGUUGCACCACAUGCUUGGUUCUGCUGCUGCUGCUGCCGCCGCUGCCGCUGCGGCUGGGGUUGGGACCGGUGCCGGGGCAAAUGACAUUGCCCAGCAGGCGGCCGCUGCCGCUCUGGGGUCCUACCACCAUCCUCAGAUGAUCAAUCAGAUGAAUCAAAUGAAUCAGCUUAACCAGAUGAACCAGAUGAGUCAGCUCAACCAGAUGCAGAGCCACGUGAUGAACGGUGUAGGCGGGAUCCCGCAGAUUACACAGAGUCAAAUGGUUAGUCAACCCGGCCAGGGUCCUAAUCAGAUUGAGUCACCCGCUAAUUUGCUGCAGCAACCUCAUAACUUCGAUGUACAGCAACUAUUCCGAUCAAAUCCCGGUCUAACAGCUGCCAAUUCGGCGGUCCCGGGUGCACCAAACGGACAACCACUGCCACAGUCAGCCCUCUCGCUAUCGGCGGCCCAACAACAGCAACAGUUUCUAGCGCAACACAAUGCAGCCUAUGCAGCGCAACAGGCGCAACCCUACGUCAUCAAUCCGGGCCAGGACCCGUCCCCUUACAUGGGGGCCCUCAUCACGGCCGGUGUACCUCAGUACUACGGAGUGGCCGCCCCAUGGGGAGUGUACCCUCCCACCUUGAUCCCCCAGCAGCAGUCACAGCCCCGGAGGCCAUUGACACCCUCCCAGCAAGGUGCCGAAAAUCAACCCUACCAGGUGAUAUCGGCCUUCUACGAUCAGAGCGGUUCGCUGGUGAUGGGACCUCGCACCGGAACGCCGAUGCGGCUGGUCAGUCCGGCACCCCCGGUGCUGGUUCCGCCUAGUGCGGCCGGUCCCCGCGCUCCGCAAGCCCCGCCAGCGAUCUACCCGCCGCAGACCGCCCAACAGAGCAUGUACUCCGCCGCCGCUGCCGCACAGAAUGGAUCCAACAUUGGAGGUCUGGCGCUAAGCACAUCGUCCCUGACUGCACGUAGGGACUCCUUCGACCGUAACACAUCGGCCUUCAGUCCUUCGUUGGACUACUCUUCGGCGUCGACUAAUGCCGUCGUGAACAAUGCUGCGGCUGCGGCCGUCGCCCGGAAGUGGCCUGUCGGGGCCGGCAGUUACGGCGGAUUAAGCGCGAUUACCGCGUCGGCCAGUCCACUUGGUGCCUCGAUCACGCCUCCUCCAGUUUCCGGACUGGGAGCUCUGGUCACAAGCCGUGCGCCAGGUGCUGAAACCAAGUACCGACAAAUCAAUCAGCUGGCGCCAGGUAUUUCGGCGAAUGCCAUGUUCGGAUCCAGUAACUCCCUCUUCUCCAAACUAUCCGGAUCGGCAGUGAGACCCACAGCGGCAGCAACUGCCGUAGUUGCAGCCGUUGCCGGAGGUGCCCCUGGAUUGGAUCGUCCACCUGGACGGUCGAGACUGUUGGAAGACUUCCGAAACCAACGCUAUCCGAAUCUUCAGUUGCGUGAUCUUACCAAUCAUAUCGUAGAAUUCUCACAAGAUCAGCACGGUUCGCGGUUCAUUCAGCAAAAACUCGAGCGAGCGACAGCUGCCGAGAAGCAGUUGGUGUUCAACGAAAUUCUCGGAGCGGCAUAUAGCUUAAUGACUGAUGUCUUCGGUAACUAUGUCAUUCAAAAGUUCUUCGAGUAUGGAUCACCGGAACAGAAGCAAGCCCUUGCUCAGCAAGUCAAGGGACACGUACUGCCGCUCGCCCUACAGAUGUACGGCUGCCGGGUCAUCCAGAAGGCCUUGGAGAGCAUUCCGACCGAACAGCAGCAGGAAAUCGUUCGGGAACUGGACGGCCAUGUGUUGAAGUGCGUCAAGGAUCAGAACGGAAACCACGUGGUGCAAAAGUGCAUCGAAUGCGUCGAACCGACGGCACUGCAGUUCAUCAUCGAUGCAUUCCGCAAUCAGGUGUACUCGCUGAGCACCCACCCGUACGGGUGCCGAGUCAUUCAACGGAUACUGGAACACUGCACGCCGGAGCAGACUUCGCCGAUUCUGGCCGAGCUCCAUGCUAAUACCGAGCAGUUAAUCCAGGACCAGUACGGCAACUACGUCAUCCAGCAUGUAUUGGAGCAUGGUAAACCGGAGGACAAAUCGGUGCUGAUUGCCGCUGUGCGGGGAAAGGUUCUGAUUCUGUCGCAGCACAAGUUCGCUUCCAAUGUGGUGGAAAAGUGCGUCACGCAUGCAACGAGAGCCGAGCGUGCACUGCUGAUCGAAGAAGUGUGCUCCUUCAAUGAUGCGGGUCUCCACGUGAUGAUGAAGGACCAGUACGCCAACUAUGUGGUCCAGAAGAUGAUCGACGUGUCGGAACCGACGCAGCGCAAGGUGCUGCUGCACAAGAUUCGCCCGCACAUGAACUCGCUGAAGAAGUACACCUACGGCAAGCACAUCAUUGCCAAGCUGGACAAGUUCUCGUUGAAAACGCCGAACUCGAUCGGUGGCGGCAGCGGUGGACCCACGGGUGCUGGCGGCGUGCCAAGUGGAGGCGUCGUCGGUGGCAAUGGCAGCACCGGGUCGUCCAGUAGCGGAAACAGCAGUGGCAACGGGGACGUCGUUGGCACUAAUGGAACUAACGGUGCUGGCCAACAGUUGGUGCCGAGUUCAAAUGGAAACGGGCCAGCCAGUAAUGGAAACAGCGUGGUCGUUGUCAAUAGCGCCGGGAACGGUGGAGUGACGAAUCUGGGUCCCAUCGGGCCACCACCCACCAACGGGGUGGUAAUGUAAGCUGUACGAAGACAGCGGUCGGUCGAUGAUUAAUGAUUGUACUGUAUUGGGAGUUUCUCUUGAAAGGUGAGAAAAGUUAGAAUGCGCGCGCUUGGUCAAUAGUCCGGAUGAUGUACACCAAAAAAACACCAUACGAACGAACUCAAACAGCAAAAUGAACAAAAAAGAUGCACGGGAAUGUGCCUUCGAUCGCCGGAGGAAAAACGGCCACCCACAAACACACACACAGGCGGGAAAUUGUGUGGUGGCGCAACUUUUAUUUUGUAAAGAAACCAUCUGUAAAUAUUUUCCCUGUUUUUUUUUUACAUUCGGAGAUUUUUCUCUGUCGAAUCAUAUGUUAGUAGGAUUUGUUUUAAAAGUGGCAGGAUCAAACCGAGAAAGACUUUCGAUUAGAAAUACUAGAAACGACGUGACGUGAUAGUAUAAAAACUGUUCUGCGCAGUUCGGAUGUAUACAAUCUUCCCCUCAUCAGCUGUAAUAAGUUAUUCGUUUAUAAGAAGAUGCAGAAGAAGACACGGAUCUCAGCCCAAUUUAUAAGUUUAAAACGUGCAAGACUAUAUAUAAACUGUUCGGAGACAGUUCCCGUGUAUGUUUUAUUAAGGGGAUAAUUAUAUUUGUUUUUAUAUAUAUAAUUAUUGAAGAAAAUAUUCUUCUCCGCGAUAGAAGCGCAUUCCAAGAGAUUAACUUCAGCUGCGAGGCAUUUUCAGAAUAGUAUCCUCAUUUACCCGUUAAACGCCAUAGAAAUCACUCAAAGGUAUAUACAAAACAGGAUUUGCAACUUCAAAUCAGAGAUUAUCGUGACAAGAAAAUUUUAAUCCAUAGUUUAACAAGCAGAAGUUCAGGAAACAAAGCGUUCAGAUUAGCUUUGGCAGUACAACAAUUCACUCAUAAUGAAGUCCAAUUUUUAUUGUUUUGUCGAUCUUUUAUGAGCAGAGGAAGAAUGCAACCACAAAGCGCUUCAAACUUUUCGAUUUGAAUGGCAGGAAACUCUCGAUGGUGGAGAUUGAGAAAAGUGUACGAUUAAGCAGAAUGGAAACUCUCUUUGUUGUAGUAUUUUUGCAAUAUAUACAUAUAAAUUAUUGAGCAAGAGCAAAGAGAUCGCGAACGACAGCAGGAAGCAGAAAAUAUACAUAUAUAAAUUGGUAAUAUUUUAGGUGUAUCUUGUAUUGUAAUCAAAGUCUUAACGCUAUCGUAGGUUGAUGAAUUUGUAGUAGAACGCAGAAGACUUUUGAAUGUGUGUAAAUCACUUAUAAAUAGUAGAUAAUGACUAGAAGAACUCGACUUUAGGCGCAGCUUUUUUGUUGGUUAGUGGAGCUUUAGCAUGUGACACGAUGUUUGCAGCGCUCGCGAUGUAUAGGAAUUCGAUUAAGACACCCCCAUUACUGUAGGAUAAGCUUAAAGAUGAGAUGUGUAUAUGAUCCUUUUCUUUUUUGUAAUAUUUUUUCCCGGAAGAAAACAAUGAAAAUAUGAACCGCACCACAAACGGAAGCUGCUGGAAAAUUUUAUUUCCCUAUCGCGAAAUCUACACGAACACACACGCAAAUACUUCUAUCAGCUUUCAAAAGCGAAUGAAUAACAACUGAAUUCGUGCAGGCAUCUCUUUAUCGCGUUAAAUGAUAGAGAUAUGUCGGCGGCUCAAAGGGUAGCAAUCAAGGUUCAUUUAUCAUGAUUUUUCAUCUGGUGGCUUUUCGUGGCCUGCAUCAGACCUACGCAUAGCUGAUAUUUCCGCACACAGCUUCAUCGUUUUUCUGUUCCGUGGUUGGGUGGUGCACAGUGGUCCAGAAAGUGCACACUAGUGCAUCGCAUUAUGUCAUAGAAUGUUCGGAACUUAUAAUUACUUCUUCUCCUAUAAUUAUCAAUUCCUAAUCAGAAGAGAUGCCAAUAUCAUUCUUUUAUACCACUGCGGGCCAGAUUUGUGUCAAGCUACAUUGCAUGGAAACGGGUUGUCGAAAAAUGUGCUAUUUAGCUGGUGACAUUUUGGCAAGAUAUGUGAAUUCAAAUUGGAUGAUUUCGUUUGCCCAUUCGAUGACUAUGCGUGGGAGGCGAAACCAUGGAAUUCCUUCUUCAAAUGAACACCACUUCCAUCGACUGUGGUAUGGAAUCGGCACCGUUCUCAUAUUUCUUUAACACCAUGACCAAACAACGGGUAAUGGGCAGGAAAUACGAGAAUAUUGUCAAUUUAUCGUAAAACUUAUUUUCAUCGUUGGUAGGUACGAGAGGCUGCGCCGGGAAGUACGAGUUCCUCUUUUCGCGUUGGUUCUCUUACGAGAUCCACCCGCUUAUGUUAGUAGGCGCCAGUGAUUAAUAAAAAAAAAUGUUUUAAAACAAUUUGACUAAAACUAGAGCAUUAAUGUAUCGUCGUCGUAAAUGAAACCGAAUCGAAUGGAGCAUUCGUUUUUAAGAUUUAGAAAACUCUGAUUAAAAUAAAAAAAUGAGAAAGAAACUAACGGAAAAUAACAUUUUAACAUUUCUAAAAAGAAACAAUGACGCAAACAUAGAAGAUGUUAAAACUGAAAGCAAAAAGCAAAAUAAUGAGGCAACCAAGUAUCAAUUAGUUAUUUUAUUAAUAGAAACAAGCUGGCAUAGGGAUCAUUUUUUCGAAGAAAACAAACAAUGAAUUUGAAUAAGUACAGACAUACACACACACUGUGGAACAACGCAUUCACAAACACGCAUAAAACGGAACGUUAUAAAUGUGGCGUGCAAAAGUAAAACCGAGUCAAUGUAUCACUCGGACAGCGUAUCACGGAACAAUUCGUCGUUACGAGUUUAAAUGGUAUCGCUUCUUAAGACGCAUUUCCGUUGCAAUGUCUUGUUUCUUAAGUUUAACACUUCUGAAUGGUUUACUUUCUUUUCGUGUGGGUGAGACAGUUGGAUUUUUAAGAUGGCGGCGCACGAACACACUCUGAACAAAAUCGUUUAUAAGCUCGCCUUCAUGCAAUCGAUUGACACCCUCACCCAUCGGUAAUAGAAAAAAGCUCUCUGUCGUUUCCUGACUCGGUUGUGAUUUCGCAACCGGAUCGUUUUAGUUAAGUUGACACAAAAGUAAACCAUUGCUAGAAUUACACUUACCGAUUAAAAAAUGGACUCCUUUAACGCUAAAUGAUACUAGAAAUCGUUCAUACUACAAACAGUUGGUCAUGAAUACGGAAUAUCAACUACUUCGGUUCCUACGCAACAACAAUGAAACAAAAAGUUGUGUAGUAGCUAUGAGCAAACACUUUCCUCAACUAACUACUUAUAGCAUUUAAAUGAGCAACAGGACAUAAUCCGCGAGGCAAAUAGUAAUUGCGUUUCUUAAACUGCAACUUCGAACAGGAAUCAUGAUAACUGUGUAACGUUUAAUAGUUAAACAAACAAAACAUGAUAGCAUUUAUUAUAAAACACGUAAACAAGAAACAUAAAAAUGUUCUCCUCUUAAAUACUUAUAAUUAUAAUCGAAAGUAGCGUUUAAAGAA